ACUCGGGGCCCUAUCCGUAAUUAAACUGCUGCUUUCAGAACAGUGAGCACAACUAUGACGGUGGUAAAACUAGUUUAGAUGCAUCAUAAUUCUGAGAAGACAACAAUGGAAGGAUUGCACUUUGCCUUUGUUCUGGUUCUGUGGAUGCUGCCACUGGGAUUGAAUGGCACUGUGACACCUGAACAGCUCACCCACUUCACCAGUUCAAGGAAUGAUGAGGUCAUUUUAACUGACCAGACAAAAUCAUUUACAUUGGCCCAACAAAACACGAAAUCCACACACACCCUGAAAUCCAGCCAAAACCCUGAAGCUACAAUAGAACUGUCGACUCAAACUUGGAUCUCUGACAACCGUUCAAGGCCAAUCAUUCAAACCAGACCAGAUCCAACCACUCCAGGGAUGGAAUCAUACUUCAACACCUCCACAAAGACAAUGCAACCCAACACAACCAAAGACCAAUCAGGAGUGACAUCAGUUGUGGUUGUGCGAGGAGAAGACUUGAAGAGAGAUUCAAGUACAACAGCCAGUGAAGGUCCUCUCCCAACCACCCCAUCACAAGUUUCAAUCCCGGAAAUGACGACCACCUCGACAAAAUCCAUUGAUGAACAACCAACAGACCAGCUUGCUGCUACAACCUCAGACUCCACUGACCCUAGUUCAACAUUCAUGUCUGAAACAAACCCUACAACACCAACCACAGUGAGUAAGGCUGUUGACAUGACUACCAGCACCAAGGGCCUCAUCACUCAAGUGGUCAACACAGAGAUGACGGUAAUUGUUUCCACUACCACUGCAGUCACAACAAAAAGAGAACCAAUUGAUCGACCAACAAAGGCAACAAAUCAGAAAAAACCCAAAGAGGCGGGUAAGCACGGCACAGUGGUGGCGGUACUGAUUGGUGGAGCAAUAAUAAUUAUGAUGCUCGGUUUUGUCAUCAUCUUCAUGAAGAAACGAAGGCUACAGAGAAAACAGAUAAUGAACACAGAAUGGGCUGGCCCCUCCCCUUUCCUGGACGGUGUAGUUGAUGAUGACGACAACGGACAAGUCCACUUAAGAGGAUCACAGCGUAUUUCUUUAGUGGGAUUCCUGCCUCAGAGGUUGUCCACGAGGCUGUCUUUGCUUCAGGAGACAAAUACAGACUACAACAUGGAGGAUAUUCCACAAAGUACAUUUGGAAGGGAGUUAAGUGCUGGAGAGGUGGAACCAAGCAACGAGACCAAAUUGGGAGAAAAAAAAAUCGAGGAUAAGGAAUCUCCGAGUUCAAUCUCUCCAACGAUCCCAUCAACCGACCAUGACAAUGAUGACCCCAAGACACCUGCUACCACUGAAGACACAGCCUCAAAUUCAGACCACUUACUUGUUCACCCUCUUUCACCACCUAAAGACUCUCUACCUUUGAUGGACAUUGACCUGAGUCCCCGUCCUGAUGCCAUCCCCAGUGUACCAAACACGGCUGGUGCCAUUAUUCCCCCUGCUCCCCCUUUACCCAUGUCCACGUAAGAACUAUCAUGACAAAAAAUUAUGGUGGUGUCUCCGUGGUGUCUGCUUUUCCCUGUAGCCACAGUCCUGCACCUGAAUCAGCAUUUGUUUGCUUUGCCUAAAAGUGAGACUUAUUUUCAAGUAGUAGAUAAGAAGUGCAUUUAUUGAGAACAAGAAAAUGUCUACUGAGAUAGGGCUGUCAAUUGUUUUAGUCACUAGACCAAAUUAGAAUGUACUGCAUACAGGUCUUAGUGAUGUGCCUUUAAAUAUAUUUCAAGUUUCUGAGAACUGAAAACGGGAAGGCAACACACAGCAGAUGGAAAUGACAAACAUCCACCCUUUCUCAUCUGCCAAAAAACCACAAUAUAUGACAUGAAGAACUGCAACCAAAUACCAUUUUCUCCAACAAAAGAGAAAGAUUUACAUAUUUAUACAAAACAAAUGUACUGAAAUACCAGGUGAGGUUUAUAUGGUACACUGCUUUAUGCUAAGCCUGGAACAUUCCGUAAAAAACCUCUGUUGCGAAGGUUCAGACCACAAUUCAUCCCUUGUGGAUGGUGCUUGUCAAACGCCACUGCCUCCCUCCUCCAGCCCUGCAGACCAGAUACCAAACCCCAGCACCUGCUUUAUCCUCCUCUAUAAAGUCUGUCACCCGGAAGAUACAGCAGCUAUCAAUUCAGAGCUCUCUCACUCUCUUCCCCUCUUCACACUCUCUAAGAGAAAAAUGUACAGACAAGAAAAUCAGGAACAGAAAAAUAACUUGAGACCUUGUGUUGUUUCUCGUAUUUGUGAGUGCCUGUGCUUAUAUCUAAGUAAAUGAGUGAAUGAGAAAGGGCAGACAAAAGCAUGAGGAGCAGCUAAAUAUAAAACCACGAGAGAGUAAAACCACACAAGUAUUUUCAGUUUAGACAACGUCUAACGUCAAUGGGUUGUCUGAACAACCCAUUGACUGCACUCCAUUCUAUUCAUUCAAACAAAGGUGAUCUAGUUAAUGAGCUAGGGCAUAGUGGUAUGACUAACCCAACAUUUAACUUUGUUCCAAUGUAGGGGUUUGUCACUUUAAGAAAAGGUGUGAAUAACUAUUUCCUUCCUGAAAACGAACAGUUUAUGAAAACAACAUUUCAACUUCAAAACUCAUCUAUUCAUAUCUGCAUCUCAAUCGGAAGUAAAACGCUGAUAUUGGUUUGGCACCAGUAACUCUUCUAGCACUAGUAACUCUUCUAGCCCUAGUAACUCUUCUAGCCCUAGUAACUCUUCUAGCCCUAGUAACUCUUCUAGCACUAGUAACUCUUCUAGCCCUAGUAACUCUUCUAGCACUAGUAACUCUUCUAGCACUAGUAGCCCUUUCCUCUACUGGCAAAGCUGCCUGGUGUUUCUAUGCAGUUGCACACUUUUGAUUGAUGUUGCCUCCUCCUUUAUGAGUUGCCUUUCUGAACAGAUGAUUGUGAAUAGACCACCAAGGUCUACUGUGUAAUCUAGUCUGGUCCAUAACUGAACCAUUUAGCCUGCAGUAGCAGCAAAACCAGCAGACUGACUCCACCACAUGCAAUGCAUGGCCUUAGGUAACAAAAUGAUAACUCGUCUCACCGCAAGCUGGUCGGUGGUCCAACACAACUAUCCUGUGCGUGUGUGUGUGAUUCCAUGAGGGGAAACACGCACACCUACACAAAGAUACAUGUAUGAGAGACAGGACUGUAAGGUUGGGUGGACUGUACCCUCUGGUCUGGGUGAAGUGAAACACGGAGCAUUGCAGAGCGGAAGGAAGAGGGAGUGAAGUAGACAUUUGAGUCACAAGACAUUCACCAUCAGUGGUCUUGGAUAUCUGGCACUGUGUCAAAGAGUGGCAUAAGCCCUGACAGUAAACCUAUUGCUCUAAAUUGUCCCUUUGUGUUACGACUGAAUAAUUCUGUAUCUGUCUUUUUGUAAUUAUGCUAUUACAGUUAGGCUGUUAUAUAUUGAGAUAAAAAUUUAACAGAUACGUAACCGAUACGUACUGGGAUCAAUAAAGUUGUAUUGUUUCAA